CGAUAUUUCGUGGUAUGAUAAGAUGAACGGUGUACAUAUCGUAUACGUUUGCAGCGGCAGUUCAAUUCAUUUGUAAGUAAAAAGAACAUGAAACAAGUCGGUGUAGUUAAGUGGUCAGCGAAGAUAUUUAUUGCUCUUCUUUGCGUGACAAAGUGUUUUAACGAAGUUCAAGGACAAUAUGGCCAGAAUGCUGGCGCAUGGCAGUUUAGCUUCGAAGAAGGUGCCACCGAACUGCUCUUAACCAUUUCGCAACUGACGCAGUAUGUAAAUGUAACAAUUUUCGAUGUGGAUUUGAGUACGGGAAACGAUUUUCAUUUUGAAGUGAAUUCGGAUAAUCCCAAAUGGGUACAUGUGGAAAAACGUAUAGAACGCGCAGAAUUCGCGGGUAAUCCAGCUUCAUGGCAGGGUGAAGUGCCAGUGUUGACACGCCACUUUGGCUUCACACAUCUAUAUGUGACACUACAUCCGAGCAAUGGCGACGCUGUAGAACGUUCACCACGCGAUGUGACGCUUACUGUUGCGCGCAAGGAACGGUUGGAUGAGAAAAUAUUCAGCUAUACGGCCUCUGUGCUAUUGCUAUUGAUGUUCCUCAACUUAGGAGGCGUAUUGAAUUUAGAACGCUUGAAAGCGAUAGUUUUGCGGCCAGUGACCGUCUCAAUCGGAUUUUGUACCAGUUACAUUUUAAUGCCUGCACUCGCAUUAGCACUCGGCUACUUGUUUCUACCAAAACAGAAGGAACUGCAGUUGGCACUCUUCUUCACAGCACUCUCGCCCAGCGGUGGCUUAGCCAAUAUAUGCUGCCUUUUUCUGAAAGGUAAUGUGAAUCUAUCCAUUGCCACGACGACCAUAAAUAGCCUCAUGUCGCUAGCUAUGUUUCCCUUGUGGAUUGUUAUACUGACGCACACCAUGUUCAGACAUACAGAAUUGGCUGUGCCAUUUGCGGAUCUUGCUAUCGGCGCUGUGGCGCUUAUCUGCGCGAUCGGUUUGGGAAUGCUACUACGAUUUUUAUUACCGAAAACCACAAAUCUGAUUUUUCGUUUCUUAAAACCGUUCUGUGCAUGUCUCAGUUUGGCGCUUAUCGGCAUGACGAUUGGCAUAAAUGCGUUUGCCUUCAAAUUGCUGACUAUUUGGAUUUUCUUAGCUACUGUCUUUCUGCCUAUCAUUGGUUACACGCUGGCGUUCGGUAUAUCAAAACUACUCCGCUGUUCGGCAACGGAUGCACUGACAAUCUCCAUUGAAACCAGUGUCUUGAAUAUGACGGUGCCGAUAGUGCUGCUGCAACGUACUUUCGACGAAGUCAGAGCCGACAUGUCCCUUAUUGUGCCCAUUACGGCGGCGCUACUGUCACUGAUCAUGAUGCUUGUCAUUUAUGCGAUUCGUCGUUUCUUUGGUUGGAAUAAGAAUGUAGAUGAUGAAGCUUUUGAAUCUAAGGUGGAAUUGGUAGAUAAUGUAUCGAGCGAAUUUAAAGAUAGUAGCCCAGUUACAACCAUCAAAGUCGCGCAUUUAAACACCCUCAACUAAAUGUUGUUGCAUUUUAUAUAUACA